AUGAACUAUACAUAGAAACUAUAAGCAAACUUACUCAGAAAUAAUCUUCAGAGAUAUCCUAAGUCCAUUAAUAAACUAAUAAAUUUACGUCGGCAAGCUUAAUCUUCUGCUCUAGCUCAAUUAAAUCUCUAAUAAGGUUUGAAAGCAAGAGUUGAUCAGCUAGAACUAAUGGAUUAGAACUAUUUGAAAGAGGUUGUUAUUAGCAAAUUCAAACACACAAUAAAACCUCAAAAACUAAACCUCCUCGAAAGAAAACAAAAUCAGUUCAAUCAAUUGAUUGCAAAGGCGAAAUCUCAGACAUCGUUAGCCACUUAGUAAAUUGCUAUUAAAUCAAAGUACUCAAAAUUAAAAGCGAUUGAUAUAGAAUUCUUUUCCGGUGUCCUUGGCCCUGAGAAUAUUAUUUAAGAACAUGACGAAAUCAAGCCCUAUAAUAUCGACUUUACCAAAAAAUACGUUGGUUAAUGCUCAUUGGUAUUAACCCCUUAAAAUGAGAAAUAAAUUCAAGAGAUUCUUAAGUAUUGCAAUGAGAAAAAACUUGCUGUUGUUCCUCAGGGAGGAAACACUGGGCUUGUCGGAGGAUCAGUUCCAUUACAAGAUGAAAUCGUAAUCAGUACAAAAAAGCUUAAUAAAAUAAUCGACUUCGAUCCGAUUACUGGCAUCUUAACCUGCGAAUCAGGCUGCAUCCUUGAGGUUCUUUAAAACCAUGUCAAAUCUUUUGGUUACAUGAUGCCUCUUGAUUUGGGCGCCAAAGGAUCUUGCAUGAUAGGAGGAAAUUUAUCAACAAAUGCUGGUGGAAUAAAAUUCAUAAAAUAUGGAUCAAUGCACGGUAACACUGUUGGAUUAAAUGCUGUAUUACCUAAUGGUACGCUUCUUGAUAGUACUCAGGGUCUAAGAGGAUCUUAAAAAGGUUUUGAUCUUAAUCAUAUGUUUAUUGGUGGUGAAGGAACAUUGGGUAUAAUUACAAAGUGCUAAAUCCUGUGUCAUCCUCUACCUACAUCUCGAUAAGUGAGUCUGAUAGCCUCAGAUGACUUUGAAUAAAUACUGGCAUGUUUAAGACAUGCAAAGAGGGAAUUAAAUGAUACCUUAAGUGCUAUUGAAUUUAUGGACUACGAAUCUGUUAAGUUCUCUCUCGAUUACUUUAAGAUUGAGAAUCCAAUCAGAGAGAGAAAUUAUAAGUACUAUCUUCUUAUCGAAGCCUCUUCUAAUUCAUGCUAAGAUUAACUAAAUUAAUAAUUUCUCGAAAUGCUUGAAAUGAUGGGUGAAUAAAAUAUGUAUCAAGAUGCUGCAUUAUGUGAAAGUGAAUCAUAAAUAGAGACUGUUUGGAAAAUCAGAGAAGGGAUUUCUAUGGCAACAGCAAACAAUGGAUUCACCGUAAAGUUUGAUGUCAGUCUUCAAUCUUAGGACUUUGCUGAUAUAAUUGAUAAGACUCAAGAUCUCAUUGGUAGUAAAGCAAUUAUGAUAGGACAUGGUCAUAUUGGCGAUGGGAAUUUGCACUUAAAUUGCACCAUUAAAGGGUUUGAUAACAAAGAGCUGUUAAAAGAACUUCAAAAAUAAUUGGAGCCAUUCGUAUUUGACUACAUUAAUGACAAGAAAGGAAGUAUCAGUGCAGAGCACGGCAUUGGCUUGCAAAAAGUAAACUACUUGCCAUAAUCAAAACAAAAAGAGCAAAUCUAGUAUAUGAAAAUGAUAAAAAAUGCUUUCGAUCCACACGGUAUCAUGAACCCAUAUAAAGUUUUGACUGACCUUUGA